AUGAAUUCAAUAAAUUUCGGUGAUAACAAUCGAGGAGGCCAGGUGGGAAUCAACAAUGGACAAAUCUACUUCCCGGCCGAGCGCCCGGAAACUCCACCUGCCCCUCUAUCGACCUUCCCGUUCCGUCACGACCCUGACUUUGUGAACCGUGGGACCCUGCUGGACCAAAUAGAUGAGAAGGGUUCUUUUCCAGGUGCUCGUGUAGCACUUGUGGGCCUAGGCGGCGUGGGGAAAUCGCAGCUUGCUAUCGAAUAUAGUUAUCGUGUACAGGAUCGAUCUCCAGAUACGUGGGUCUUCUGGAUUCACACGGCCAAUGCAACCCGCUUUGAGCAAAGUUGUCGGGAGAUCGCCGACCGACUGCAUGACACAAGGAGAAAAUGGAUGCUUAUUCUCGAUAAUCUUGACGAUAACCAUUUCCUAUGUGAGCACAACUUUCUAGAAAAUGACCUCAGACCAAUCUGGGCGUACUUUUCUAGCCUCGGCGGCCUCAUCCUCAUAACAAGCCGGAGCAGACGUGUGGCAUCGAGCAUCGUGGAAGAUGAUGAUAUUGUUGCAGUGGAAGCCAUGGAUGAGAAUCAUGCCAUUUUGCUCUUUAAGAAGAAGCUCGAGCCUCAAGCAAAUAUCGAAGAUUGCAUCCAGCUAGCCGCUGCGCUGGAUUUUAUUCCACUUACGAUCGUGCAGCCGCAGCCUAUAUCAAGCAAAGAAUGCCACGCAAUCCCCAAUUAUCUGAUCCAGCAAGACCAAAACUUGAAAGGCUUAGUUAACAGAAGUUUUGAGGAUGAUAUGUUGAUGUUGAAAGACUACUCGUUGAUCUCCAUCAGUGCCGAGGGAGUCAGCUUCGAGAUACACCGACUAGUCCAGAUAGCGAUGCCGGAGUGGCUUAAGACCCACGAACAACUUGAGAUAUGGAAGGAAUGCUUUAUCAAAAAACUUCAUAGCCGCUUUCCCGAUGGGAUAUUCGAGAAUUAG